GUCAAAUACACGGCUCUUUCGCCAAUGCGAUUCGCUUCGAGACGUUCACCACCAAAGAGUCACUCAAGAAUAGCCGUUCGUUCGCGAACGACCCAUGACUGGUGGAAUCAUCGGCGAGCUGUGUAGAGCUACGUGUGCAGGUUAUCCCCAAUUAAGCAGGAUUUGACGCCUUCAUUAUUUCUCCAACAAAGACACCGAUGAAAAAUAACCGAUUGAAUAGAGACCUGAGGUCAUGGUCUGGGUGAUUCUACUGAGAUGGGCCUUUCCUCUAGGUGGUUCUGGUCCAGAUGGGUCCUGUGAAGGUGAAGAAAGAGGUGGAAGAAGCAGGACGCCUAGCAUUCUGACUCUAGUCUGGAUGUAUGGACUGUAGACACACCAUUGUUUCACGUCAGAUGGUGUGAGUCUGUCCACACUCGUUUGAUCUUACGUUGUAUAGGAGGACUGUUACGAAGGAGUGACGCCACCUGUUGGACUCCAAACAGAAGACAAUGCUGUAACCAGACGGCUUGGUAGACACACACUAUCUGUGGUAUCUGGUCGGCUCUGCUGUUGUCUAGGCUCUGAUGGCAGAUAUUCCCUCUGGACUGCUGGAGGCUUGUGUGGUGGUUGGAGCAGCCAGCGAUAAACUCAGGGAAGUCCAUCAGUCCCAUCAACAGGGCAAAAUCAAAGAGCUUCCCCUGUUGGGGGCAGAGGUACUACAGGUUCACGCCCCACCUUUCGUGACCAAGGAGAGUGCGAGUAGCGAGAACCAGGGUCACGCCCCGGCCUUCAGCAGGGUCCAGAGGAGGCGCUCCUUCAUCAAGAAGAAGAAGGAGAGGGCUGGAAUAGCUAACGGAGAGACAGCCAAGGGUAGCAAUGGAGGGGGCGGCACCACCACAGAGGACAUCAGUGUCCCCAAGGACCUGGACCUCAUCGCCCUGCCUCAACUCUGCUUCCCAGGUGGUCUUCAGAUAGCCAGCGAGCAGAGAGAAGACUCGUACCAUUACCUGGUGUUUACUGAUGUCUUUGGGAACAGGACACAUGCUGUAGUAGUGCAGUACUACAGGCCUAUACAGUUUUUUCAGGAUGGUGGGCACCAAAAUGGCCACCGGUCAUCCUCCAAGUCGUCCCGUCUCUACACGGCAUACGGCAUCUGUGUCAUCUCUAAAUACCCUUACUACAACGCUCUCCGGGACUGCCUGUCAUGUCUCUUGACCCAGCUCAAGCCCAGCUGGAUGGGGGACUUUGAGGAGAGGGUGAAGGAGUUUUCAGCCAAGCUGGCGCUGGUGCCCAUUCCCCCACCUGGGCAACUUCAUGUGGUCUUUAACCUCAGGCCUCUCCAGAUUGGGCUUCCCUCCCGGGAGGAUAAGGACCGGCCGGCUGUUGACCUGGACCUCCAUCUGCCUUUCCUGUGCUUUAGACCCCGACAGCUCCUCCAAAUCAUUGCCAGCCUGUUGACAGAGCAGAGGGUAGUACUGUUGUCCUGUGACUGGGCCCGGCUCACCCUGCUGGCAGAGAGCCUGAUGCUCUUCAUCCACCCCCUGGUGUGGCAGCACCCCUUCGUGCCCAUCCUCUCACACCAGAUGCUGGACUUCCUCAUGGCUCCCACCGCCUACCUCAUGGGCUGUCAUCUGCACCACUAUGAAGAGGUGGCUGCGGAGGUAGCCGCGGAAACGGAUGAUCUGAUCCUGGUUAAUAUUGAUGAUGGGACCGUGUCGUCUUCCUGGUCUGAUGGGAUUGACCUGCCCGAUGUCCCGCUGGCGGCCGCAGAGUGUUUUAUAACACGGGUGGAGGGCCUCCAGGUGCACUAUGACCUGGAGGUGUGUCACCUGGGGGCCAGUACAGAGGUGAACGAGAGGAGGGCCCAGAGGAAGCAGUGGCAGAGGAAACUCAACACACACAUCCAGAAUAUCACUCUGGAACUCAUCGUCAACAUCUUCAGAGAAGUCCACGAUCACCUCAACUAUGAGCACAGAGUCUUCAACAGUGAGGAGUUCUUUAGGUCUAGAGAGCAAGCAGACCAGCCAUUUUACAAGAAGGUGUUGGACACACACAUCUUCCACUCAUUCCUACGGGAUCGUCUGAACAGGAAGAUGGACGCAUUCACACGUAUGGAGCUGAGUACUCGGACAGAAGCUUACAGGCUGAGGUCCAUGACAGAGUCUCCGCGGCGGCCCACCAUGCAGGAGUUGGCCCGUAAAUACACCAGCCCAGAGAGCCGGCUCAGCAAGCGGCUGGGGGCCAGCCUGCCCAACCUGGGGGAGAGUGGGGGGUCUCUGGUGGGGCCCCUCAGGCAGACCUCCUUCAAGAACAUACAGGUGGACAGCGGUAUGAAGUCUCCCCAGAGGCCAGUGAGAUUCUUCAAGCUUCCUGAGUUCCCCCCUCCGCUGGCCUACCACUACGUCCAGAAUUACUACCAGGAGAUGAUCACCCUCCUGGGCAAGGCCAUCAGCGGGGCGGCCUCCGAGGACUCCUCUCUCCUGGCUCGCUAUCACUACCUCAGGGGCUUCGUGAACACCGUGGCCGGUAAACGCCUGGACGCUCUAGAAGACUUCCAGAACCUCUACAAGACGGACACAGACAUCUUUCCUGGCGAGCUGGUCAACGCGCUGGUGGACUCUCUACAGGAGGGCGAACAUGCACUGGCUGACCGCCGACCCGAAAUCAAACGCCUGAUUAGUCAAGUGAAGAGGGACCAUGAGAGGGAGCGGGCGCGCCAUGUCGACGAAGGUGUCAAGCGGUUCCAACUCCCGAAAAAGCACAUGCAGUUGGAGGACUUUGUGAGGCAUGUGCAGGAAUCUGGGAUUGUCAAAGACCAGGGGACCAUUCACCGGCUGUUUGAGGCUCUCACUGUGGAAUGUUGUAAGAGCAGCUUGGGUUGGCAUGGUGGUGGCUCUGCGGUGAAGGCUCCUUCCCAGUCAAUCUUUUACCUUGAUUCCAAUCUGGAGGGCCAGCAGAAACAGGUGGACCCGGAGAUAUUCCGCGUGUUCUACACCUUCUGGAAGGAGACGGAGGCCGAGGCUCAGGAAGUGGCCCUGCCGGCCUCGGCCCUGGAGCACCUGGAGGCUAAUGAGUGUGUCUUCAAGCUGUCCUCUUCGGUCAAGACCAGCCACGGCGUGGGCAAGAUCGCCAUGACACAGAGACGGCUGUUCCUGCUGACCGAAGGACGACCCGGGUACAUGGAGGUCACCAAGUUCAGAGACAUUGAGGAGGUGAAGAUCUCCUCUGCUCCCUUCCUACUGCUGAGGAUCCCGUCUUUGAAGAUCAAGACCACCCUGAGGAAGGAGACGUUCGAGGUCAACCUGAAGUCAGAGGUUGACCUCUGGCACCUCAUGGUCAAGGAGAUGUGGGCUGGAAGGAAGAUGGCCGACGACCACAAGGACCCCCAAUAUAUGCAGCAGGCUCUGACCAACGCCCUGUUGAUGGAUGCAGUGGUUGGCUGUCUGCAGUCACAAAAGGCCAUUUUUGCUGCAACCAAGCUGGCACACUUUGACAGAAUGAAACUGGAAGUCCCGCUGAUGGUCCCUAAAACCACGUCAGAGACCCUGAAACACAAGAUCAACCCUUCUCUGGACCUGACUAGCCCCCAGGCGGUGGAUGUUCUGCUCUACACCCCAGGCCAGCUGGGCGUGUCGUCUGACUCUGAGGGUGAUGGGAACCCCAAACUGUGGUGUGCCCUGAGUGACGGGAAGGUGGUGGUGUUUGAUGCAACCAGCUGGUCCAUGCAGCAGAAACAAGUCCAAGUGGGAACUUCACGAGUGAACUGCAUGUUGGGAGUGGACCGGCAGCAAGUGUGGAUUGGCUCCCAGGAUUCAGUCAUUUACAUAAUCAGCACCCGCAGCAUGUCCUGUAACAAGCAGCUGACAGACCACCACAGUGAGGUCACAGGGCUGUCCCUAGGGGAACGCAGCGAGAAAUACAGCCCCAAGGUGGCAUACUCCUGCAGUGCGGAGGGUGCAGUGAUAGUGUGGGACGUGUCCACGUUACAGGUCAGGAAACAGUUCCGGGUCUCCUGCGACCGUCUCCAGUCCGUUCAGCUCUGCAAUGGAACCCUAUGGUGCUGUGCCAGAGACUGCAUUAUGGAGGUGUGGAAAAAUGGAAUGUUACAUCGCAAGAUCUCCCUUCCUGAGCAGCUCUGUGGCUCCCCAACUGCCUUCAGCAGCCUCCUGCUCUACUAUGAGAGAGAGCAGCUGUGGACGGCCUGUAUAGACGUAGGGGAGCUGUGUGUGUGGCACCUCAGGGAGCCCACCAAGCCUUUCCAGAGGAUUCAGCUGCCUGACUGUGCAGGCGUCACCUGCCUUAUCAAGGUCAAAAACCAGAUCUGGGUUGGGGGCCGAGGGUGGAGUUCGGGGAAGUCCAGGGGGAAGAUCUACGUAGUGGAUGCCCAGCGACACACGGUGGAGAAGGAGCUGGUAGCUCACACAGACUGUGUCCAGGCACUGUGCUCCGCAGAGGACCGCUAUGUGCUGAGUGGGGCAGCCCGUGAGGAUGGGAAGAUAGCCAUCUGGAAAGUGGAGUAACUUGAGUUGAAAUUCAAUACUGCCACCUGGUAACUGGGGGUCAGAACAGGAUUGUGUUCAUUAUUCACCAAACGGUAGAAAACGGACUGAAACAGGAACUUGUUCAAUAAGAAACGCUCAUUUUUGUUAACCAUUGAAAAUUGUUUUGCUAAGGUGUGCCCAAAUAACCCAGGUGAUUAUGAACAGUUGGGAAAUAAACUCUAGUCGUGAUUUGUGACUGCCUGUGGAUGGAUGACCAACCCAAAGUUCACCUGAUUGCAUAGGAUUUAUUUUUAUUUCUGGAAUAAUCUUUCCAACCUAUAGUUUUAAACACAUGUAUCUUAUUGUUUAUGUUAAAGGGAAACUAUUUAGGUAUUUGUUUCAUUAGUCCAUUGUUGAUAUAAUCCCAACAUGUUUUGAAUAUCAGAAAUACAUUUUUCAAGAUAUAUAACUUAAAAAAUACAGAAAUACUGCCGGUGUGAUGCAUUUUUGGACUAUAUCAACAAUAGACUAAUGAAACAAAUACCAAAACACAGUUUUGGAUGUCAUUUUCCUUUUUAAGCAGUACACUGAUUAUUGUAUUAUUUACAUCAAAGGAGGAACCUUAGAUGUUUUUAUAUUGGGAUGCUUCACAGGUUACUCACAUCCAAAUAAGUAUUUCAUAUUUAAUGUAUGUGCUUUUUCUGUUAAAUAUGUUUUUGUAUGUUUAAUACACUCAACCCAAACUAUGCAUUUUAGUAUUAUUAAAAUGUUUAGUAAUGAAGACUUGUCCUCGCAAUGUAUUUGUCUCAGUCUUCAUAUAACAUGACACAAGCUACUUCUAACAUUUUAAAUGAAAAAAUUAAAUAUUUUCCAUUAA